GGUCUUAUUGCCUUUAUUGUUUCGAAUUUCUUAAUAAUUCAAUUGAGGAGUUGUCACAUUCAUACAAUGAAAGAUUACGAAUGAAUGAGGAUAUUGAUACUUGGGUAGAUUCAGAAUCUCAACCUGAGUCUGACGCAUCAGAAGAUAUUGAACCCAUAAAAGAAUGUGUUGAUAUUGAUGAAAGGUUAAAAAAGAGAAUUGAAGAAUUUAUUAAAGAUUGUUCUCUGGAUUCGAUUUAA